AUGACUGUGACUGUGACUGUGACCGCAGCACCAGGAGGAGGUGAUACAGGUCUACCAACCACUUCAAUUGUCGGGAUUGCAUUGGGAUCAGCAGCCGCGGCUGUGGCAUUGACUCUUUGUGCAAUUGCCUUGCUUUACUUAAAACGGCGCCGUCUCCACCCUACAGAUCCUGAUGCAUCUUCAGAUACAUCACCAGAGAUCUUCGUGCCAGAGACGUCGACAAGAGAGCUGGGGCCAGAUAAUGGAUUCACCGGGUUGCCAACUUGCUUACUGUUGGACGGCAGAUCCUGCAGCGAAAUUGAAUUCGAACUGGGCGCUAUAACGUGGUGCCAUUUCCAAAGUCACGUCAGGACGUUCUACCACCUUGACAAUGUUUCGGUGACACCAAGCACUCUCCACGCAUCGCUACGGAAACUUCAUUUGACUGACGCUACCUGUCACAUGAUUGCGAGAUUGGCUAUUGAUCCCAAGACGCGAUACCUUACAAUCCGCCAUUUGUUGGCGCGUGUCAUCUUCUCCAACCUCGACACUCACAACAUUACUUCUCUUUCUCUCUUACCACCAACUGUCAAGGAAUUGUUCCUUUCGCGGGCCACAUUUCGCGUAGACGGCCGGCCUCCUCGUUUUGAGACAGCUGUGAGAUCCUGGCAUCGAAUUACAGCCUUGCUUUUACACGAGAACCCCCCGAGCCGUGAAUUUUUUAAACCACCACCAAGCGUGAAAUCUCAAAUCGACGAGCUUGCGACGGUACUACAAGAGUCGCUGGUUCACUUCGUUCGAAAGGACAACGAUGACCAGCACGAUCAUCUCACUUUUAUUAUUGAAAGAUCUGUCAAGCUCGGUUAUGAAGUUUAUGCGCACCCAAAUGAGUGGGAGUUUAUAUUUCCAGAAGAUGAGGAGGCACUUUUCGUUACACCAGGCCUCAAUUUGAUUACCGACGACAGAGGGGUGCCGCACGAUCCACCAUUCGUAGCUUUGGAUCCCGAGAUCGUCGCUAUUAAAGAUGCGAGGAACUGA